AGGCGGCCACACGCAUGCGCGCGCUCCAGGCGAAAACGGCAAAGUGUUUUUAGAAAAACGGGACGAGAAAAAGUUUUAAACCAGAAAAAGAGAAAGAAAGAAAAAGAGAGAAAGAGGAAAGUCUCGGAAGCUGCAGGUGGGAAACGUUUCUCUUUUCUUCCUCUGAUAUUUUCUGCGUCGUUGACAUCACAUUUCGUUCAUAUUUGUACGACACAGACUUUGUUUGUUUCACAUCAGUUAGAAAUAAUGUUCACACUUUUCGUGCUUGUUUCCAGUUUCAGGCCAAAUUUGGUUCAAACAAACGAACUUUACUCUGACAACAGGUUUAGAGCAGGAUAUACAGGAAUAAUCACCUUGACUCUGACACCAGACGAUAACUGUCCAUUCACUCACUGAUGCGGUAACAGCUGUUCCACGUAGGAAUAGUGGAGAAUAAAGUGACCGGUUGUUAUGGGAUCGUAACGACCGAUGCAUCGGUGUGUUCAUGGCUGCGAAGGUGGAGCCGAGCAGGUUGCUCUAGAAAACACGAGAUUCUAUCUGCUGAAUUAAUAAUCGGACUCUGCAGGGACUCAAGGCGGCAGAUAAAUGCAGAGCAGGGGAAGUAUAAAGUAGAAUAAAAUGGAAACGCUCAGGAUGGAAGUGACAUCACACUGCAUCACUGAGAGCGGAGCCGAUAAGAACCCAAACCAAUCAGAAUGCGUCUCGAGUCAGCCGACGGCCAAUGGGAUGCCCCCACGACACAACACAGAGGAGGCUCCACCCCCUCUCUCCGAUAGGUCAGAGGACGGUGACAUCAGUGAUGACUGUCUGACGGGCAGCUCCUCCACCAGUGACGUCUCUCGACUCCUGCCCUCCCAGCCCAGCUCUGCACUCCGAAAACACAAAGGUGUGGACAGCUCGUCAGUGUCUCCUCCUCCUGUCUGUGCUCCUCCUCCUCCGCCUCCUCCUUCUCGCUCAUCCACCUGUAACGGACGCAGCUGCAGCCUUCCUCAUCAUCAUCAUCAUCAUCGUCGUCCGAGCACCAAUCAGAAGCGUCUCUCCUCCACUAAAAGCCACACCUCCUCCAAGACUGACGCCGCCCACAUAAAGGAGGUCGCCGGAGACGACUGUUGCGUUCACUGUCUCCUGGCCUGUCUGUUCUGCGAAGUGCUGUCCAUGUGUUCGGCUGUGGUCGAGUGUCUGGCGUGUGGAGUGGGCGGGGCCGGUUGUUGCGAUGCUGCGGUUGGCUGCUGCCGCUGCAUGGAGGCGGCGGCGGGGGAGGCGGCCUGUACAGAGGAGGCGUGUCAGGCCGUGUUGGAUUGUGGGAUAAUGGAGGACUGCUGCGGCUCGUCCGACUGCUUGGAGAUCUGUCUGGAGUGCUGCUCCAUCUGCUUCCCCUCAUAGAGCAGCCAAUCAGAGACGGACUACAAGAUGAUGUCAGAGAGACUACGAGCGGGACUUUACUCAGACCGUCUUUGCUGCGUGUGAAGACCUGGCUCGUCCUGGAAAAACACUAUGUUAUUCUCCUUCCUUGAUCCUCACAGAAAGCCGGAAGCUUUUCUUUGUUUUUCCAGUUGUUUUUAUGUGAAUCACGGACUGAACAGAAAAUGUUCUUCGACUCACUGCUUUGUGUCUCUGUAAAAUUCACGCACAUGUAACAUUCAGCUCACUGGUCGGAACCGGACAGACCGAGAUCACCAUCCCAGGCCAGUAGGUCUCAGAGCUUCAACACACGGAGGAGUUGUGUUAUGUAGAGAGGUGGAUCGUCGGGGUGUGGAGCUCAUCUGACGUUCAUGCAGGAGAUGCAUCAAUCAGACCGUGAAAGGGAGAAUUUAAAAAACCUUGGCACCGAUUUCAAUCCGAGGUGGUUCCAGCAGUCCUCGGAGAUUCUGGACUUUUGCAGUGUUGGAAUUUGGAGAAAUGUUUAGCGUCAGCGUCUGACUCAUACAUCUGGCUGUCUACCUCUACGAACUGUGCAUAUUUGCUAACACUUUCCAAUAAGGCUUCAAAUCGCUCCGCCCGGCCCUUCACCUGCAUCCUCGAUGUGUUCGCCGUCUCGGCCGAUGUAGGGAUCGGGAGCUCACCAGCCCGUGAGUCAGACGUAGCCACGUCCUCCAGCAGCUAAUAUCAGCCUGAAGCCUCGGCGCCAGAGGAGUCGUAGACCAGAAGCACAUUCACAUACUGAUCGACAGCCGCGAGCUCCCGCCCCUGACGUUGGCCUUCUCUGAUUGAACAGAGCCUGGUCCCAGAGCCCGGUCCCAGACCAGAGCCCGGUCCCAGACCAGAGGCCUGAGGCUGUUCGAAACACCGAAGCGGACAGUUCGAAGGUUAUAGAGAGUCAGUUCUUUUUAUCUGACUGGAAUCCAGGUCAUUUGGUGGCAUGUAGGUUAAUACAUGAAGUAAAGGUGAUGAUGUGUUGAACUAAUCACAUAAAGCCACGGAGACCUGAUGCUCUGCUACUGGUGAUAAUGAGACGUCCUGCGUUUAACGGUCACAGCUCAGGGCUCAGCGAAGCGUUGCUCAGGCCGCUGUAACUUUGGGUCUGUGAAACUACUGCUGCAGAAAUAAACCCCAUGUUCACUCUCUGACAGCGUCCGAGGUUUUUCUGUGCCUGUGAUUGACAGGUCAGGAGGGGGCGGGGUCGGGCGUGACAGGAAGUAGGUCCUGCAGGGACAGGAAGUGGGUGUUUGUUGAAGCAACGUGCCAGGACAUCCAAACAGGAAACAGGAAAUCACUGAAAUGGCAACACCAGCUGACCUCUGACCUCUGGGAUGCCCAACAUCAAAGAGAAAAACACACGCACUCACUCUCUCUCUCUCGCCACAUCGUCACUCCACUCUGAUGUUAAAAAGAGGUUCAAACACGAGGGCCAGGGCCUUCCGAGAGGUCACAGGAUCAAUCUGAGGGGUUGUGUCAUCUUUAACAGGAUAGAAAAGGAGAAAAAACAUUUAUGCAUUACGAAACUAAACUUCUUUCUUGCCGAUGUUUAAAACGUUCCUCUAAUCUUGACUUUAUUAGCAAGAAUAUACAAAUAUAAACCGGGAGAGUAAAAAUCCCUGUGUUUGACCUGAUCCUAAACCAGAGACAGAUAAACAGGGGUCACUAGUAGACACUGCUCUGCUGUAACUGACAGCAAAGGUUGCAAAGAGGUGCUGUAGAGAGAGAGAGCCGGAAACACAGACAGAGUGAUGCGUCUUACCAGGAGAACAUCUUUGUCCACGGAGAAAGUCCCGAUGGGUCGCCAGGGUCAUCAGGCCAAACAUUUCAAUGUUCUUCGUCACGUGUUCAUAAUGAUCGUGUCAAUGAGGAUCUUUAACCACAGGUGCUGCUGGAGAUGUGAGGCUUUGGCACUGUGUCUCUUCUCCAUGAUGCAGGUCAGAUAUUUCAGAAACAUGAAGUAAAGAGAACGAUCCAGUCGACUCACAGUAACGUGUGUAAACCGAUUCUGAUUGUUGCUGCGGUUGUGAAAGCUCAGCAGCAAACUGAACUUUGCCCAUUACUGCCACCUGGUGCUCAGACUGACAAACUGAUAUGUUUUCACGAUAAAACAUUAGUUAACUUCACAG